GCGCACAGUGUCCGGUGAUCACAUGUGUGUGUGGCGUUUCCGACAGACAUCUCGGAGUACUUCAUCAAAGACGCCCUACUUCGGUUUUUCACCGCUGCGGGCGACGGAAAACAUCUCCGCGCCUUUUCAAACAUCCAGUGUGCUCCGUGCGCCACACUCCACCGAGUCCCGCCUCAUCACACACACAGGUUCACCAUGAACUUCGUCCUGGAGACUGUGCAGGUGCUGCUGCUGUCGCUGUGGUUUAACAUUGAGUGGUUGAUCCACCUGUUGAUCCCGCGGAGGAAGAAGACCAUCAGGGGCGAGGUGGUGCUGAUCACCGGGGCGGGCAGUGGCAUCGGGCGGCUGAUGGCGCAGGAGUUCGCCUCUCACCAGACAGUGCUGGUGCUGUGGGACAUCAACCAGGAUGGCCUGAAGCAGACGGCCGCACUAGCCCAGGAAAACGGAGCUGUGCGGGUCCACUCUUAUGUCUGUGACUGCAGCAGCAAGAACGACGUGUACGGGGUCGCAGACCAGGUGAAGCGUGAGGUGGGGGAUGUCAGUAUUCUGGUGAACAACGCUGGGAUUGUUACAGGGAAGAAGUUCAUGGAUGCUCCUGACUCCCUGAUAGAAAAGACCAUGGAAGUGAACGUUAUGGCUCACUUUUGGACAUAUAAGGCAUUUCUUCCUGCGAUGGUUGCUAAUAACCAUGGACACCUUGUUAGCAUUGCCAGCUCUGCUGGUCUUCUUGGAGUCAAUGGAUUGGCAGACUACUGUGCCAGUAAAUUUGCAGCAGUAGGAUUUGCAGAAUCCAUUGGAUUGGAAAUGCUGGCCAUGGGAAAAAGCGGCGUUAAAACCACCAUCGUUUGUCCGUAUUUUAUAAACACGGGCAUGUUUGAUGGAUGUCAAACCAAGUGGCCUCGUCUGAUGCCCAUCCUCAAACCUGAGUAUGCAAUCAAAAAGAUCAUGGAGGCCAUCCUGACGGAUCAGGCUUACCUGCUCAUGCCCCGCAGCAUGUACGCCAUCGCUGGACUCAAGAAUAUCCUCUCUACAAAGCAUGGGCUCCUGUUGGGAGAGUACCUCGGGGCCUUCAACAUGAUGGACCACUUCAGGGGACGCACCAAAAAGUUGGAAUAAAUGGACACCACAAAGCCCUGUCAACAGACAUUCCUCUACAUUCAACUCAGGGUUCCACAUUUCACAGUUGUUCAUGACUGUAGCAGAUAAGGCACAUGUGUCUGUAGGUUUUUUUUUCUUUUCAUAUGAUUGUGUCAUUGUCAUUUCAGACCGUUUCUGUCUGGAAGUGUUUAAAGAGUGUGAGAGAGAGUUUUUAAAGGGUGCAAACGAGUGGGUGAGAGAGUUGCAGAUUGGGUGAUUAUUUAUGUUUUGAUUUGUGUAAUUUUAAUGUCUUAUUCUGUAAAGCACUUUGAAUUACCUUGUGUACAAAUUGUGCUAUACAAAUAAACUUGCCUUGCCUUGGAACAGGAGCUGCUCAACACUGACCAAUUUUAUAUCACAUAUAAACUCCGGACUGAAGGAUGGCCUCUUCCAAAAAACUUGGAACAAUGCACAAAAUAAAUAUCACUAAUGUUUAACUGACUGUAUAAUCCAGUGGGGUGCAUUUGAUCCUUGGGCCUUCAGUGACUUCCCAUUUACACAUUACAACAUCACCUCAAAACAGGCGAAUCAAGCAACACUUAAUUUCAGAAGCAUUUAAAACCGAUAAGCAGCACUGCAUUCACAAAACGUAGUUCACAGAUACUGUCAAAAAUAAAAAAUAAAAAUGAGAUUUAAAGAUGCCAAACAAAAUCCUACCAAAAUGACUCUAUGUGAGAUUAAACAAGUCUGUCCAAUAAACUGCACAAUGUUGCCAUUUCAUAUAAGACACAAACCAGACAAGAACAAAACAAACUAUUCUUUGAAAAUAAAGUAAACAGAUCAUUUGCUCAGAAGCUGUGAGCCACGGGUACAUUUCAUAGACGCUCAUCUGGAUAUGACGGACAAACCCUUUUCCUUGCUGGGACAGGUUAGCUAGCACAGGGGUUGGCCAACCUCUUCUCAUAAUAUCCAGCUUUUCGUGAACAGCUCAAAAACUGCAUGUAAAAUAUAUCUGCAACCAGAUCAAUCUCUUCUUCUCCUUCAGCCAUUAUGGAUUAAAAAUACAGCAAUAGCUGUUGAAUCUCCGGGUUUAGUUUGACAUUCUGCAAACUGCCACUUUUCACAUUCACCACUUGGAUACGCACUGUAGCAGUGUGUAUCCAAUCACAGGACAUGUACAUGUCCAGUUUGCUUAGGAUCUUCUAGCUGGCCCUGGAAUGCAGAACCGAGAUCUGAUUGGCUGUUGAAACUGACUGUGUCUGUGUCUUACAGUGGACAGGCCCUGCUCUGUUUACUCUGAAGGCCCCAGGAAAAUGAAAUUUGCCUGACAAUGCAAAUAUAAUUUUCAGAAUAUAUAUAUUUUUUAUAUAUUUAUGAAAAUAAAAUAAAAUAAAUUCACUUUUCUGAGCAUAUUUAGGCCAGCAGAGAAGGCCACUAGUGUAAUCCUUCAGUCAUCCAGGUCUGAUCCAUGGCAAAAGCUGAAGUUAAAUCUGUCAACUUGUGAAGACGUUUGGCUGCUCUUCCAAAAAGCCAACAACCAAACGUCUUCAAUGACUUGAAAAUGAAUAACCCAAAUUCAAAUUGUGACUGCAACAUGUAAGUAUAAGAUUUCAACAGACCUACAGUACACUAUAGUAUAUAGUAGUAUCUCUUGUAUCUGUAAUGUUCUAGUCCUUGGUAGCUAAGCAGUGUAAUGCUGUGUUAAUGAAGUCUAUAUGUAGAAGGCAUAUAAACCUUUUCUUAUAUCAUCAUGUUUUGGUAUGUAAUAUUCACAUAUGUCCCUGACAUUUCAUAUUUAUAUAAUGUUAUAUAAUGUUAUUAAUAUGCUAAAAACAAACUACCGAUGCAUGUUUUACUACUCAAAAUUUAAUGUGGGCUUUUAGUCAUAUUAGAAUGCUGUUGCCUCAUCAGAAACCUGCAGUUGUGUGUUUCAUUCCACCUUGUGAUGUCAUCAAGUGGUAGUUCUUAAAGCUGGUAGCUAGUUUUAGCUUCAAUUGAACUGAGAUACUCUACAAUACACUAAAAUAACUAAGUUAUUGCCUUUUUUAAAAAAAAAUAGUUUUACCUUUUGUUCAUUUGAGAUUGUGAAUAGAAAGUCUAUGAUGUCUGCCUGUGUACCGAGAAGCGAAUGCAUUCCGGCACGGCUAAAACUGUGAUGUAGCUUCAAAGUUUGGCAAUUCUACGGGUGCAGAUUAUUCAAAUGAUUUUGGUGAAGACGUAAGGAGUUUAAAAACACAGGAGAGUGCCUAUAUUACCGCUCAAAGACAUCACAAGGUGGAGUGUUUUCAGUUUGAGCAAAGAACACAGCCUAAAUAUGCAGGGUUUGUGUGUUACAUGUUGCUGUGAUUUGUUUCAUUCACACAUUUAUGUUUUUGGUGAGGAUACAACAUUGUACAUUAUGUGACUGUACCUUAUUUGUGCCACUGUCACUGCAAAACAUGUUCAUAUUAAAGAUAAAGUCACAGU